CUUUAUCAUUUUAUUUUUCAAGAAGUGGAAGCUGAAUCCGUUGGAUCACAAACGUCAUAUUCCACAGAAAAUGAUUCAACAAUCGAUGAACAAUUACUACAAGAUGAAUCGACCGAAGACGAAGAAUUGACCGAAGACGAAGAAUUGACCGAUGAAGCAAUUGAUGCAGCAAUUGCCGAUAUAUUGGCUGCCGAUAUAACAGUACCACCACAUGCUCUCACUAAUAUCAACAACGAACAUUCUUAUUGCAAAAAACACUAUGAAUGGUCCACAACAACAGCCGAUCAAGGUCAAAAUGUCAUCAACGUACCAGAAACUCGAAAGCAAACCGCUCGCCGAUACAUAACAGACACAAAACGGUUAUUAUCGUUAUCAUCAAAUGACCAAUUCCAACAUGAAUUACCAAGCGUCCAACAAAAUUGGACACCGCAUUUUAUCAAAUAUUUCAGCGUUUACGUUCUUUCCGAUAUUGAUGAAUUAGGUGAUUAUCGAUUUGAGAGCGGAGUUCAUGAAUUUGACCAUGGAUAA